AUGGCUCGUCACAACUGGUUUACGUGGUUUACGCAGCACGGCUCUGACCCUCCGUUCAUGCUCCAGUACAGAAGCUCCGAUGCCUUUAUCAUUGGUACGGUGUCGCUGGCGGUCUUCACCGAUAUGUUUCUGUAUGGCGUCAUCGUGCCUGUCAUUCCAUUUGCCAUAGGAUCGCGCAGCCAUGUAGAGGAAACGCGUGUACAGUACUGGGUCUCAGUACUUGUUGCCGUGUAUGGCGCCUCGCUCCUCGUUUGCUCGCCCAUCUGCGGCUGGCUUGCAGACCGGGGCUCAUCUCGUCGAUCACCGCUUCUCUUAGGUUUAUUUAUGCUCCUGGGAUCGACUGUGUUGCUGAACCUCGGUAAUUCCAUUGGUGUGCUCAUUACUGGGCGCAUAUUACAGGGAGCUUCAGCUGCUGUAGUAUGGGUUGUUGGACUCGCCUUGUUGGCUGAUACUGUACCUCAAGACCAGCUUGCAACGGCUGCAGGGUGGUUGUCGACGGGUAUGUCGUUGGGCAUGUUGAUAUCCCCGCUUCUUGGAGGUGUCGUCUACGACCACGCUGGUUAUAAUGCUGUCUUCGGCAUGUGCUAUGCGCUAGUCGGUCUGGAUGUCAUUCUUCGGCUACUCCUCAUAGAGAAGAAGGUUGCCGCAAGGUGGGAUCCUAGUGCCGUAGGGCGCCCGGGGAUUGAUCCGCAUGAUAAGUCAAGCGGAAGCGCCACGCUGACUGCUGCACUCCCACCGCAAAGCCCUGGGCCAGAUGCUGAAAAAGCAUUAGCUCCAUCAGAACCGGGCAACCUCGAACCGCCACAGAAGAGUCCGCCUGAACAGCGUCUACGCGAUCGACUUCCGCCCGUUGUAGCACUCGUCUAUUCCCGACGCUUACUCGCCUCGCUGUUCUGUGCACUUGUCCAGGCGCUUUUAUUGACAGCGUUUGACUCUGUUCUUACCAUCCACGCUGCAGAUACCUUCAACUGGAGUUCAACUGGGGCCGCACUUCUAUUCCUUCCUCUUGCCAUACCAACGUUUCUGUCGCCAUUAUGGGGCUGGUUGAGCGACAAGUAUGGCGGGCGGUACCUAGUUGUCACUGGCUACUUGUGUGCCUGCCCUCCGCUCAUCUGCUUGCGCUUUGUCAACGAGAAUACCGUCAAGGAUAAGGUGUUGUUGUGUGCACUACUAGCGGUGGCUGGGUUCUUUAUAGGAAUGACGUUUGCCCCUGUCAUGGCCGAGAUCGCAGCUGUUGCCGAAGCGAAGGAGAGGAAGAUGGUUGCAAACGGACGUGCCGGGUUUGGAAAAGGCGGGGCUUUUGCCCAAGCCUACGCAUUGUACAACGUCGCGUUUGCUGGGGGUUGUAUGGCUGGACCUCUGCUGGCGGGCUUCAUUGCCGAAGCCAGCGGAUGGGCGACCAUGGCGAUAGUACUGGGCGUGUUGUCUGCAGUCACCGCAGUGCCGGGCUUCUUGUGGCUGGGCGGAUGGAUUGCAGAGUAG